CGGUACAAUCCGCGCGUCCGCUGGAGCGCCGAGGAAUCGAAAUCACAGACCUAGUUGCCGAUUGUCAACUCCAUGUGUGCUGAUCUCUACCCAGACGAUCGCAGUAUUGAAAUUCACUCCAGCUACGUACUGCGAUUGUUUGAUCGCUCUUCGGUUCGUCGCAAGAGCCGCCAAGCUGCUACGACUCGCAACGGUAGAGUGAGUGCGUGCAGAUCUGUGGACGGGCAUCGAAGGAAUUCCGAGAGCUGGGUAAUUUCGCUGAAACAGUGGUGGAGUUUACAAGAGUUGGGUUUCUGUAGAUUUUGAGUUUUGAGGGGUUGAAUUCAGGUUUCGGAGAGACGAUGUGUGGAGUGGUGUCAUACGUUGUUUGUGGCAUUGUUGGAUUCGUGCGUAGGGGAGGGGGAGCUUGGGUAGAACGCUGGAGCGUGGAAUGUUCGAUAUUGGACAGGAGUGUUGUAGUUUAGUGAAGGGUGGUGGUAGGGUUUUUGAGGUUCAAGUAGAAGAGGUAGAAGAGGCGAUCACUUUUGCGAAAUGGGAGACUUCUCGAAGCUGCUGGAGGGCGUGGUGUUUACAAUUUCUGGGAUACAAAACCCUGAAAGAGGACAGCUUCGAACUAAAGGACUUGAAAUGGGAGCUCAAUAUCGCCCGGACUGGACCGCUGACUGUACACUCCUUGUGUGCGCAUUUUUGGGCACCCCAAAAUUCAAAGAGAUUCAAGCAAAAGGUGGAUCCAUCGUUUCUAAGGAUUGGAUAUUGGAGUGUUACAAGCAGCGGAAGCUCGUGGAUUUUGAAAGAUUUGUUUUGAACAAGGGCAGGCCAUGGAGAGUACUAGGCGAUAGAGGCAGAAGUUUGAAGCAGAAGAAGGUAAACUGUGGAACUGCGCAAGAAAUUCAGAAGUGGGCUCAAGAUGAUUUGAAAUUGAUAAUCAAUUGGCUGCAGGAACAAGAUGCAAAGCCAGGACCUGAAGAAUUAGAAUCUGUAGGUGCGCAAGGUAUUUUAGUAUGCCUUGAGGAUGCCGUCAAAAGUCUUGCUGAGAAUCAGGGAUUAAGCAGUGUAAUAGAGAAUUGGGGUUUCCUACCGAAGGCAGUCAAGGAGUUAGCAGCCAUUGAGAAAGGUGUUACUGAAAUCUCCUCGUCAACUCUUGAAGAAGCUGAAAGGCUCAAGGGCAUCUAUGAUGAAACACUAAAAGACGUCCUUGGAUCAAGGAAAUCAGCAAAUUCUAGUGAACAAAUGAAGGGUGGAGUUGAAGAAGGAGAAGUCGACGACGAUGCCACAGAGGUUAUGUCAGAUAUCAAUUCGCAGGAAACUGUUGACUAUAACAGUGAUGAUACUAUAGUAAUGGAACCAGAAGCAAUUGAUGAGUGCACAAAGAAGCUGAUGCAAAGAUUCGUCGGAAUUUUUAUAUUUGUGCAGUGACUCGCCUGAGGAUUCCGCAAUGACUUAUUACGUUAAGACAGUUAAAUUUUCUGCAAGUUUGGAGGAAGCUUUUGUUGCUCUUCUGUUCCCUUGAGCUCAGGUAGCCUUACCACUCCACACGCUGAUUAAGCUGUAAUCUAGGACUUCGGUGGCGAGAAAGUAUCCCGAUUUCUGCUUCUCUAGUCCUCACUGCCCCAUCCGGUUUGUUGAUAAAACUCUUGACCACCAAAGUGACAUAAUUAUUUUUGAUGGAGAACAGUCAAAUAUAACGUAGUUUGAAUGACGGUCUGCAGAAAAGGGGUUGUUCAAUUCAUCUUUUUAAUUAUUAUGAUUUUUAUCUUUAAUUUGUUGAAUAUAAAGGUGUGAUAUUUUUCUUUUUUCUUCAAGUCUUUGAGAUUCUCUCCAUAUUUUUUGAUCUUAAGCAUUUGAUAAGGGAUUUAAUUUCAUUUAGUUUAAUUCGUUUAUGUAUUGAUUUAAAAAAAUCUCGAGUUAUGUUUUGAUGCAAAAUCGUUGCCCAAUUUAUCCUUGAUUGUUUCUAUAUAGUACCAAAAUUGAAACUUUAGCAUCUUAUAUAAUAAUCCAAUUUGUGCUCUUGCAAUUUCUUUUAAUUAAUAUGUGCAUUCUAUUUAUAUUUACAUUAUUUAUUCCUAGUUACAAUACUUGUUAUACCUCCUUUGCAAGUCAUGUUUCAAGAAUUUACUUUUGAGAGGCUUUUGCAUUUACUUUAACAUUCUAUAAUUAAGUUAGUUACAAUAUAUUUAUUCUUAAGAUUCUUAAGGAAUGUUUUUAGACUAUUUGGAAGUAGUGUUUUCCAAUCUAAUUCUAAAACAUGAAGAUCUUAUCUUGGAGAUUGUUGUAUCACCAUCCAACAAUUGAACCAUCUUGAGAUACACUCUUGUGAUCAGAUAUCAGCUUAGAUUUGUCGACAGUUAUAGAUCUGGAUCUGGUUGUAUAAGAAACAAUGACCACAUUAAAAUAACAUCAGGGUGUUUACUUGUA